GUACUGCGACAACAUCUGUUAUAUAGGACACUGUGCAACGUUUCAUCAUCCUACCUUUGUGCGCCUUUGUGAAUUCAGUUGAAGUAUAUUCAGCAACUCCUUAAUGGAAAUAACGAUAAAGGCGAGUUCAAUAAAUUUGAGAGCACAUUGAAGAAAAAAACGCUGCCAGAGUGCACUUUGUGUGUGUAUUUCUUUUGUUGUUUGGCCAUGUAGAAACAGCCAUUUGAAUAAUGACAUUGACUUGAUUACUCGAAGCAAGCCAGCAACAUUGACGACGCUCAGCAGCGCGUAGGAUAUGCUAUAGUAGGCUAGAUCUAAAAACGCCUAACCAUGUUGCAACAGUCUCGAAUAAUACAUGGAUAGAAAAUACUAGGCACAUUACUUGAAGGCAGACGAGCCGCCCAGGUUUUGCGCGGUUUCGAUCGGCGCGCAAGAAGGUGGACUGUGCGGAGGGGUGAGGCGAACCAGUUGGCCAUGAUGCCGACACAACAUCGACCUGGUCGCUUUCUCAUUCAACUAGUGAACACGGACUCGUACGCUCCUGCUGCUGUUCUUUAGCCAAUCCAGCCCAGCCCAUCCGCAAUACACCCAACUCGCAACCGCCAUUAUUCCAUGAUGCUGAAACUUACCUUGCAAUUUUUCGCCAUCAUCGUUCUGAUUGAACGCGCUUACUCGUGGGGCGGAAGGUUCAAUCGCUUCAGUCCCGAAAUGCUCUCCAACAUGGGCUACGGCGGCUACGGCAACAACCGACAUUCACCCCAGCGCUUUCUUCCGGCCUCUUCAAUAGACCUACUCGAAUCGAUGCUGCAGAGCGAAGAAGACGAAGAAAUGACAGAAGCCAGCAGCAACAAAGCGGCGGCCAGCUGCUCCGGAAGGCGCUGCUCGGCCAACGAGCACUGUUGCGCAGGAACCGUCUGCGUGGAUCUCGAUGGCCCUUCAGUUGGGACUUGUCUCCCACACCACGGCCGGCGUGAAGGGUCGGCAUGCCAUCGCACCUCCGACUGCGAUUUCGGACUUCUAUGCGUCAUUUCCGGCGGAACUGGCAAAAUCUGCCAACAACCCUCAGAGAACGUGAAACAAUACAAUGAAGACUGCGCCCAGAGCAGCGAAUGCGAUGUAUCCAAAGGCUUGUGCUGUCAAUUGCUUCGACGCCACCGGCAAUCUCCACGCAAAGCUUGCAGUUACUUCCGAGACCCGCUGGUCUGCAUUGGGGCCGUCUCCGUCGACUCCGUCAAGGAGCAAAUUCAACACACGGCGAACGAAAAACGCUUGACUGAUCGAGCCACUAAUUAUUCGCGCAAAUAAACCCGGCGCGCGUAUAAAUCACUUUUACAUGGGCGGUCGCCAUCACCCCCCAAAAAAGGCAGAAUGGCAAUAGGCCUAUUCCAUUCUUUCUAAUAAUCACACUAUAUAAUUCAAAAACAAAAUUCAAAAAUAAACAACAUCUAUGUAACAAAAUUAACUGCAGACAUUGAUUACUGGAAUAAGCCUGUGAAUCUAUACUCUUACUUGCAUGUUUUAUUUCAUAUUAUGGAAUUCUUCAGAAAUAUUUGUUGUUUAAUUUUUUUUUAUUAUUAUUAUUUAGUCGAAAUAACACGUUUAGCUGAACGUUUCUUUUUUUUAAAUUUUUUUCCCGCAGUGCUUUUUAAAAUAAUUAAAUAACACACGUUUUUUUCGCAAUCAUUUAUUCGUCCACCUCUGACAAAGUGGAAUUGCAACCUAAUAGCGUCCAUCGGAAAGGAAAAGCAGAUGUUUGAUGGGUUACAAACUGUUUUUACUUGCAAUACUAAUUAAUAUAUUCCCACAUGUAACAAAAACAAGUCCUUUGACUCGGUCAUGUUUUCGUUGCUGAAAAAGAAAAAUAUGGCAAUAUUUUUUCUUUCCUUUUUGCAAUUUUCUUCGUCUCUCUCUCUCUCGGUGAAUGUGUCGAGGUUAUAUAAUUUCCCUAGACGCUACACUAUACUACUCUGUCCACGCUGUUCAAUGUGUCUCAUUAUCUUUAAAAAAAAACCAACAAAUAACCAAACUGGUAGAUCACUUACUAAUUCGACGCUUUCAAUGUAAAUUUAUUGUGUCAUUUCUUCUUUCAAACUGUAUUCCUUUAUUAUAGUCGUUUCAGAACUCACCUGUCAGAGUUGGAAAAUAUAUAUCUCAUAACUGUUUA